GUGCGUGGGCUGCACGCCGCGCGUUCUCGCACUGAGGGUAGCAGGUAGCAGGAUCCGCACGCCAUGGCUCCCCCCACAGGUAACGUUGUGGACAGCCAGUCCCACAGACCUCCAGUGAACCGACUAAGAUGGGACCUGACAGCAGAGCAAAUAGAAAACAUGACUCUGGAGCUGCUAGAAAGGAGCAAGCAGGUGUAUGACCGGGUGGGCUCCCAGGAGCAGGGGGAGGUCUCCUAUGAAAAUACCCUCAAAGCUCUGGCUGAUGUGGAGGUGGAAUAUACAGUUCAGAGGAACAUGCUGGACUUCCCCCAGCACGUCUCCCCUCGCAAAGAUAUCCGCACGGCCAGCACGGAGGCAGACAAAAAGCUCUCGGAUUUCGACGUGGAGAUGAGCAUGAGGCAGGACGUGUACCAGAGGAUCGUCUGGCUCCAGGAGAAGGCGGAAAGUGCUUCCCUGAGGCCUGAAGCGAAGAGGUAUCUAGAGAGGCUGAUUAAACUGGGUAAACGAAAUGGCCUUCACCUCCCGGAGGAGACGCAGAAGAAAAUCAAAGCUAUUAAGAAAAGGCUGAGCCUGCUCUGCAUCGACUUCAACAAGAACCUGAAUGAAGACACCACCUACCUGCCCUUCUCCAAGGAGGAACUGGGGGGGCUCCCCGAGGACUUCCUGAACUCCCUGGAGAAGACAGAGGACGGCAAGCUGAAGGUCACCCUGAAGUACCCGCACUAUUUCCCCCUCAUGAAGAAAUGCUAUGUGCCUGAAACAAGGAGGAAGGUGGAGGAAAUGUUCAACUCCAGGUGCAAGGAGGAGAACUACUUGAUCCUCAAGGAGCUGGUGGACCUGCGGGCUCAGAAGUCCAACCUCCUGGGCUUCGACACUCACGCUGAUUUCGUGCUGGAAAUGAACAUGGCGAAAACCAGCAAGACCGUGGCUUCCUUCUUAGAUGAGCUGGCCCAGAAGCUGAAGCCCCUGGGGGAGAAGGAACGGGCCGUGAUCCUGGACCUGAAGAAGAAAGAGUGCAAGAAGCGGGACUUGGAGUUUGACGCCUGCAUCAACGCCUGGGACAUGCGCUACUACAUGAACCAGGUGGAGGAGACCAGGUACAGCGUGGACCAGAACCUGCUGAAGGAGUAUUUCCCCAUGCAGGUGGUCACCGCUGGCCUGCUGGAGAUCUACCAGGAGCUGCUGGGCCUCAACUUCCACCUGGAGGAGCACGCCCAGGUCUGGCAUGAGGACGUCCAGCUCUACUCGGUGAAGGACAUCGCCUCGGGCAAGACCAUUGGGCAGUUCUACCUGGAUUUGUACCCCCGGGAGGGGAAGUACGGCCACGCGGCCUGCUUCGGCCUGCAGCCAGGCUGCCUGCUGCCGGACUCCAGCUGGCAGAUCUCCGUCGCUGCCAUGGUAGCCAACUUCACCAAGCCCACGCUGGACGCACCGUCCCUGCUGCAGCACGAUGAGGUGGAGACCUACUUCCAUGAGUUCGGCCAUGUCAUGCACCAGCUCUGCUCUCAGGCAGAGUUUGCCAUGUUCAGCGGGACCCACGUGGAGCGGGACUUUGUUGAAGCCCCGUCUCAGAUGCUGGAGAACUGGGUGUGGGAGAAGGAGCCCCUGGUGCGUAUGUCCAAACACUACAAAACUGGCAGCCCCAUGCCUGACGAACUGCUGGAGAAGCUCAUCCAAUCCAGGCAGGCGAACACAGGGCUGUUCAACUUGCGUCAGAUCGUCCUGGCAAAGGUGGACCAGGCCCUUCACACCCAGACGAAGGCAGACCCCGUGGAGGAGUACACCCGGCUGUGCGAGGAGGUGCUGGGCAUCCCUGCCACCCCAGGUACAAACAUGCUGGCCACGUUUGGCCACCUGGCUGGAGGCUACGAUGCCCAGUACUAUGGCUACCUCUGGAGUGAAGUGUAUUCCAUGGACAUGUUCCACACGCGCUUCAAGCAGGAGGGGAUCAUGAACUGUAAGGUAGGCAUGGAUUACAGGAACUACAUCCUGCGUCCUGGAGGGUCCGUGGAUGCGUGUGACAUGUUGAGGAAGUUCCUGGGUCGAGACCCCAAGCAGGAUGCCUUCCUGGCCAGUAAAGGACUGAAGGUUGAGUCCAGCUCACUGCCUUCUGCCUGCUGAAAACCCGCCCGCUGCCCUGGUAUUGAUUUCAGCUGGAACUGUGGGUGCCCAGUGCUGCUGUUGGACCUUUCUGCCAAUAUGUGCCACUCUUGUCAAAAGAACACCCGUAGCUGUGUUUCUUGCUUCGGCUUAAAGGGUCCCCAUUCAUGUAAAACUCACACUUCCGCCUGGAUUAAAAAAUCUGGGGGUUGGUGGAUAUUUUCCGUAUGUUUUCACUAGGGAUGUAAAUAUUGGUUUAAAAAGUUAACCGAUUAAAUGAUUAAAAUUCUAUCGGUUAACUGGUUAACCAUUAACUGAUGUUGCUCUGGCAGGGUCUUGGGUGCUGCCGGGACCACUCCAGCCCACCUGAUGCGGUGCUGUGUCCUGCCCGACGCAGCUGGACCUGCUCCAGGUGUCCCACCCGGCCAGGCGCAGCCGGGGCUGGAGUCCUGCUGGCUGGUGUGGCCAGCUGUGGGGCUUAACGGUUAAGGUCUGGUUAACAGUAAGCCUAAUGCUUACUGGUUAACCUUUUACAUCCCUUGGUUUCACCCCCACCCUGUGCAUCUGACAGCAGGUCAUGCAACUGAUUUCAGUGGAGCCAGGAUGUCACCCACCGUUCUCAUCCUCUCUGGUCAGUUUGCCUUGUUGGGGGUUUCUCAGUAACAGGAAAGAGAAACAUUUUGUUUCUCCACAAAAGAUAACGAGGGUGUAAACAUUCACCCUAAUUGGAGAAGGCCCCAGGGACUGGGGUAGAAACUGCAACCGCUUGUGAUUCUUCUCUUUUACCAGACUCGAUUUCAGGAUGUCUUUGCCCCUUUAACAACCUUCACAUUUACCGUGCCCAGAUCAGGAACUCGCCCCCAACCCGUGCCCCGGAAACAGCGUCCACCCCUGUGCUGCUGUUAGGCAGCUGGGUGCAGCUCUGUCUGCAAAUCCUGGCUGAGCAGAUUUACGGGGAAGGGUUUUGGGCAGUGGGGAAGGAUAGAAACCAAACUCUGGGAGUUUAGCUGCGUGUGGGAGAUGGCAGGAUCUGUCACGUGCAGGCCGUCCCUGCCACCUUCUGACUUUCUGAUUUUCCGUUCUUCCUGAUCUCCCUGUGCGCGGCUCAUUCUCUAAUGGGUGAAGGUGAGACUUGUUUUCUGGUGCUUCUGUUGGCAUGGCAGCUGCUGCAAACAUGAUCAGGACAGGACCCCUGGCCGCAGUCUGUCCAGCCCCCCCCUCUUUGAAUUGCAAAUCAACCCCUCCUCUUAAGUUCCACCUUCAGCUUCCUUUGAUUCUCAUUCCCUUCUCCUGCCCUGAACAUCAGAAGGGCUCAGUGGCUGUUGCGCAGUGGUUACAUCUCUGCUGUUACCCAGAGACCUGUCACCAUGUACAGCCAAAUGUGUCGAGAUGCUGAGCGCCCUGGACACAGGAUUGGAAUGUUAUCUGCUGUAGAAAUCUGGGCAGCGCUGUUGGAUAGGUUCUGCUGGAUCUCUUUGUUAGAUCUUUGAAACAAAGCAUCCCUCCCCCCCAUUCAGAUUGUUUUAAAUUCUGCUCCCCCCGCCCCCUUCUGUAUUUAUUUGU